AUGGAGCCCAUCUCGACGCGUGAACCACGCGACUUUGUCGCCGUCAUGAGCGGCAAGGCGCCGUCAAAGUUCACUGAUCCGUGCGCUCACGCUGCCAAAGCGAGCAUGAAGUGUCUGGAGGACAACUCGUAUGAUCGGUCGAAAUGUACAGAAAUGUUUGAGAACUACAAAGAGUGCAAGAAGGCAUGGGUGUUGCAGCGGCGACGGGACAGGAUAGCUGGCCGAGAAGGAGCUUUCGACUGA